AUAUUUGGUAGAAACAUUUAUUAACAUUUUCAGUUUUUCCUUCGUACUACAACUACAUUGAUGUGAAAAUGAAAAUAAAAGUCAAAUCAAUGAAAGUGGAUCCGCACGCUCUAAGACUAAAAUAACAAGACAUACACAACAAACUGUGUUUUUUCUAGAACACAAGAACAAUUUCCCAAAGUUUCAUUUUCAUGUGAAAUUUUAGCUCAGGAUUGUAAAAAGGUUGCUUUCUUUGUUGGGUCUGUUUCAAAUCUGCAAUUUCUAACAUAUAGUUGAUUAAAUCUGCAAGGAGUUUCCAUCUCAAAGACUAGAAUAUUUGGACCAUUAAUUGGAGAAAAUAGGAUCAUAGGAACAUGGCUCAAACACUUGAAAGUAUUAAGGGCAAAGGAGGUUCAAUCAAGUUAGGGACCACUGGAACAAUUGGCUCCUUAAUGACAAGAGAAUUGGAUCGUGUCUCUUCUGUAACACACAAACAGCAUGUAUCUUCAAGAACUAAACCUAGGACACUUCCUGUUUCUGUUCCAUGUAGUAGUAGUAGUAGUACUGGUACAAGUGCAACCCCUAGAAGACUACAACCAAGAAAAUCAUCAGAUGAGGCUAGUGGCAGUGGAAGCAGUAAAAUUACAAAUAAUAGAACAAAAGCUAAUAGUACUAGAAGGAAUACUCAUAGAAUACCAAUGUUAGGUUCUGCUGAUAACUUUUCAGUGGACAGAACUCCAGUCAGAGAGAAAAAAAAUGAUAAAAAGAAACCUAACAUUGUUGAAGUUGUGGAUAUAAAAUGUGGGAGUGCCGAGAAGACUUGGGCUACACCAUUAGCGAGUCGUCUUAAGAAACUUGGUUUCUCGAAGCUCUCUGAGAGCAUCAUCUAAAACUGAAAUUUUUUCUUGUCGGACCUUAGGUUUUUAUAACCGAAAACCGAGGUUCUGUUAGGCCUACAGUUUUCUGAUACAUCAACCAUAGAGCACAUACUUGGUAGGAGCUUGCUACUUACUCGCUUUUUCUUUGUACUUUCAACUGUGGAUACAAUCGUGCUUCUGGAAUUUGUGCUAAGGGAGGAACCUACAUCUGUGAUUUGAUGAGACUUGUUCCUCUGUGACCUGUCUUGGGAAUUUGAUUCGAUCCGGCUGAAGUAUUCAAUUUCCUGCAUUAUGAGGGAUGCCACCGUGCCUCGAGUGCCUAUGUCUACUGGAGGAAAUUCAGCCAUCUCUUUUGUGUCACUUGCGUCAAGGGUAAUGGAUCUAUUAUGCAUGCUUUCUUUGGUUGGUGCUGAGGAGGUAGCUAAAUCUUCUGUUCUAAGAACUGCUACUUCUGGUUUUGUUCUAGUGGGGAAAAUGCAGAUACUUUGUGGCAUUUUUUUCUUCAUCUUAUGUUCUAUAUCUGAAAUGCAUGGCAUAAAGUUUGUGUAAUUGGUAGAUUGGUUGAUGACAUUAUGGUCACUGCAUUCAUGUGCUUGUAGUUAAAACACUCAGAUUUCUAACUACUAAACUACCCUUUUUAACUUCUUUUUAA